AUUUUUUUUUCUCUCCCUCUCUCUCAUUAUGUCGCAUUUUAGAUUCCCAAGAACAAAUACACCUAUCGAACAAGAAAUGAUGAAUUCUGUUGUAUUAAAUCCCAAUGUUAUACAUUCAGAUAAUAUAUUGGAUUCUUAUAAUUCUAAUACCUUAGAACUUAGUCAGAAUGACAAUAAUUAUAGCAGUAAUAGUAGUGUCGUCUCUUCAACAGGAUCUUCAGAUUCUUCAACAAUCCUUGCACCUAGACAACCUUUAAGAAAUAUAGUAGAAGAACGUCGUUGUUGGAUAUGUUUUGGCGAUAGUACAGAUUCACAAGGGCCAUGGGUCAAACCUUGUAAAUGCACUUUAGAAGCGCAUCAAUGUUGUUUAUUAGAAUGGAUUGCUGAAAAUCAAAAAUCCUCACCUACCAAAAAAGUUCAUUGCCCACAAUGUGCUACGCCUUAUCAGCUUGUACAGAAAAACAGCAUUACUUUAGCACUGUUAACCGUAGUCGAUUCAUUAGUACGUGCGAGCGCACCCUAUAUAACAGUUCUUGGUGUAGGAUGUUCUCUAUUAAUUACAUGUACUACUUAUGGUGCAUUUUCAGUCAUGACAUUCUUUGGAUCUCGAGAUGGUGAACGAUUGAUUGGAAAUCCCUCAGAAUGGACAUUUAAAACUUGGGUUGGAUUACCUUUUAUACCUGCUCUUUUGAUAUCAACUAGAACAAAAUGGGGUGAUGCAAUUUUACCGGCAGCUGCUAUAUUAGUUUUAAGAGUAGCAGGUGCAACAUCAAGAAAUAUUCGAUUUACUUGGCCUUUAUCACCUGCAUUAACAAUUGGUAUUAUGCCUUGGGUUAGAUUAUUCUAUAAAAAUAUAUAUCGGAUGGCACAACGUUAUCUAACCAAAAAUCUAUUAAUCAUACAACAAAAUACUUCUACUAUUACUAAUAACACAACGACUCGUCGACGACAAGGAUCCACAUCAGUUAAUAUAACAGAAAGAGAACGUAAUAUUGAAUUAGAUAUGAUAAAUGGAAGAGGAACUGGUAGUAUAGGGCUAUCAUUAUUGGGUGCUUUACUAUGGCCUGUAAUUAGCAGUGGUAUAGGAGGAUUUUUACAAAAGUUUAAAUGGGUUCGCCAUAAUUUUCCCGAACCAUUCCAAAGAAAUGUCUUGGGUGGCUGUCUAUUUGUAGUAGCUAAGGACAUUGGCAAUUUAAUAUAUAAAUAUGAGCGUAUCCGUCAAUUUAGAUCUCGUCGUGUAAAGAAUUAUGAUGAAGUUACAUCAGACUGAUUAUUAAAACUCAAUAUUAUUAUAUUUUC